AGUAGCCCACUUAUAACACCAAGAAUUUUGAUUCAAAAUCAGCUCGAAAAACAUUCCAGUGGAUGAUGAUCCGCCAUGGACGGUGGAGGGUCACCGGUUCAAUCUACAUAUUCGGCCUUUGUAACACCACUUAUGAUCUCCAUGGCCGGGAUGGUCGCAACUACCCUCGCAAUAGUCGCGUACUAUUUCUUUCUUCUUAGAUACUGCGUCAGACGGCAAGCAGAUGCUAACGACAACCGCUCCCUACCAAUUCAAAGCCCACAACUCCCUGCCGGAGUCGAAGAGAAAAUCCUCAAAACCAUACCGAUUAAGACUUUUUCCAAGGAAAAGGCCGGCGGCCCGUUUUACUCCGAUCAAAGCGAAUGCGUCGUUUGCCUGGGAGAGUUGGAGGAGGGGGACGCCAUUCGAUUGUUGCCAAAUUGCAGGCACAUGCACAUAUUUCAUCUCUCCUGUAUAGAUAAUUGGUUCUUUGCACACACAAGCUGCCCUGUUUGCAGGUCCCCUGUUGCUCCUGAGUUGGAUUCUACAGCUUCUACAGCUUCUGCUCCACCUUCGGGCGACGAUCUGGACGGUCAAAGGACUCGGAAUUUGCAUCAAGACAGUGGUGAUGGUUCAUCUGCUUCAGGGGCUGGAUCAAUUGAUAAUAAUAACAAUAGUAAUGCUUUGCUCGGACACCGUGCAUCCUUUGUGCUGCCUAGACAACACCUGAGGACUGAGUUAAAGAGAUCCUUGUCCUUGGAUCAGUCAUAUGUUCUGAUUAACUUAGGAGGAGAGAGUGAAAGGAUGGCUGUUUCAUGUUCUUCUUCUGGUUGUUCCUACAAGGUACAACUGAAGAGACAGUUUGACAGAACUAGGAAAUGUUCCAGAUUGUUGAGGUCUUUCUCCCAACUCCGGAUUGGCACCGCCAGCACUGCAAAUCAGAUUCUUAUUGAGAUUUCAGAUGGUUUGCCAGCUGAAAUGAUUUAGUUUCAGAACAAAUUUCAGGUUUAAUAACAAUAAUUUAGUUUACACAAAAGAAAAAUAAUGUUGCUUUAGCUGGACUUUGUCCCAUAGAUCAUAAACGAGUGUCUGCUCU